AUGGAUGCCGCCAGCAUACGCAGUUGCAUUGUCGCAACUCUCGAUGCCGACGCCGAUGUCCGCAGGCGCGCAGAGCUCCAGCUCAAGCAGGCCGAAGAACAUGCAGGCUUCACCGACGUCCUCCUUGAAAUCCUGCAGAACGAGCCCGAAACAAACCUGCGGCUUUCGACUGUCAUUUACCUCAAAAACCGCGUCAACAAGGCAUGGACCAAGUCAGAACAAUACCCCAACGAGUCGGUGAUACCCGAGGACGAGAAGUCGAGAGUUCGAGACCGCCUCCUGCCCAUCUUGGCUGCUGCUCCCCCUUUGAUCCGCCAGCAGCUCAUCCCCAUCCUGCAGAGAAUUCUGCACUGGGACUUUCCUGAUAGAUGGCCGAGCUUCAUGGACUUUACUGUCCAGCUUCUCAACACAAAUGACCCACAAUCCGUCCUCGCCGGCUUGCAAUGUCUGCUCGCCAUCUGUCGCGCGUACCGAUUCAAGACUUCGGAUGGGGAUAACAGGACACACUUUGAUAAGAUCAUCGAGGCGAGCUUUCCCCGACUUCUGGCUGUCUGCAACGAGCUAGUUCAGCAGGAGAGCGAUGACGCCGGAGAAAUGCUGCACAUUGCUCUCAAGGCAUACAAACAUGCUACUUGGCUUGAUCUUUCCGCAUUCCUCCGAGACCAGCAGAACAAUAUUGGCUGGUGUUCCGUGUUCCUCCAGACCGUCUCAAAAACCAUCCCCGCGAGUGCCAUGCAGGAGGAGGAUCCCCCAGAGCGAGAAAGGCAUCACUGGUGGAAGGCCAAGAAGUGGGCUUACUUCAACCUGAAUCGCCUCUACAUCCGACACGGAAACCCACAAGCUAUCACCGGCAAGAACAACGAGCCAGAGAUGGCUUUUGCAAAACAUUUCUCCGCCAACAUUGCCCCAGAAAUUCUGAAGCACUACCUGGUUGAGAUCGAGAAAUGGGUUGGCAAGUCUAUUUGGCUGAGCAGACCGUGUCUUUCGUACACCAUAGUUUUCCUCGACGAGUGUGUACGGCCCAAGGAGAUGUGGGCGCACCUGAAGCCGCACAUGGCCAAUCUUGUCACCCACUUCAUCUUCCCCGUCCUUUGCCUGUCUGAAGAGGAUGUCGAGAAAUUCGAGGAUGAGCCUGAGGAGUAUCUGCACCGGAAACUAAACUUCUACGAGGAGGUGUCAGCACCUGACGUCUCAGCGACCAACUUCCUCGUCACAUUGACCAAGGCAAGGAGAAAACAGGUUUUUGAGAUCCUGCAAUUCAUCAAUACCGUGGUGAACGAGUACGAGCAAGCGCCAGAUGACAAGAAGAAUCACAUCGCCAAGGAAGGCGCUCUGCGAAUGAUAGGCACACUUGCGCCCGUCAUCCUUGGGAAGAAGUCGCCCAUCGCUGACCAGGUCGAGUAUUUCCUGGUCCGAUACGUUUUCCCCGACUUCACAAACCCCCAGGGUUUCCUCCGCGCUCGAGCUUGCGACACAAUCGAGAAGUUUGAGCAGCUUAAUUUCAAGGAGCAAAACAACCUGCUGACGAUCUACCGCCACAUCUUGGACUGCAUGGCAGAUCCAGCCCUGCCUGUUCGUGUAACAGCGGCACUGGCCCUUCAGCCACUGAUCCGCCACGACAUCAUUCGCACUAGCAUGCAGCAGAGUAUCCCGACGAUCAUGCAGCAACUCUUGAAACUGGCCAAUGAGGCCGAUAUUGACGCCCUCGCCAACGUUAUGGAGGACUUUGUUGAAGUCUUUGCGACCGAGCUGACGCCAUUCGCUGUUGCGCUUAGCGAGCAAUUGCGCGAUACCUACCUUAGAAUUGUUCGCGAGCUGUUGGAGAAGAACGAGAAGCGCGAUGGUGACGAUGAGUAUGGUGACUUCCUCGACGACAAGAGCAUCACCGCCCUUGGUGUUCUACAAACAAUCGGCACGUUGAUUUUGACGCUUGAGAGUACCCCUGACGUUUUGCUGCACAUUGAGGCUGUUUUGAUGCCUGUCAUUCAAGUCACUCUCGAGAACAAGCUUUACGAUUUGUAUAACGAAGUGUUUGAGAUCAUUGACAGCUGCACCUUCGCGGCUAAAGCGAUUUCACCAACCAUGUGGCAAGCCUUUGAGCUCAUCCACGCGACCUUCAAGUCUGGCGCUGAACUGUACCUUGAGGAUAUGCUUCCCGCUCUUGAUAACUUUGUGCAGUAUGGAUCUAGCCACCUCAUUCAGAAGCCAGAAUAUGUCGAGGCACUCUACUCGAUGGUAUCAGACAUGUUCACCGACUCCAAGGUUGGCGGUGUGGACAGGAUCUGCGCUUGUAAGCUGGCCGAAGCGAUGAUGCUUAGCUUGCCGAAUCACAUCGACCAGUGCGUCAACGGGUUCAUCAACAUGGCUAUGGGCGUGCUCAGCACCCAGGACGUCAAAAUCAAGUCCUACAAGAUUCAUCUGAUGGAGAUGGUUAUCAACUCCAUCUACUACAACCCUAUCCUAGCUCUGCAAAUCCUUGAAUCUAAGGGCUGGACAAAUAAGUUCUUCAGCUUGUGGUUUGGCAGCAUGGACUCUUUCACCAGAGUUCACGACAAGAAGCUUUGCAUUGUAGCCAUUGUUUCGCUUCUCGGCAUCAAUGCCGACCAGGUCCCGGCUAGUGUCUCUGUUGGUUGGCCUCGUCUGCUCCAGGGCAUCACCAUCCUGUUCAGGACGCUUCCUGCUGCGCUGAAGAACCGCGAAGAGGCAUUGAAGGACGACUUCCAACUUGAGGCAGGUAGCUAUGACUAUGAUGACGAUGAUGAGUGGGGUGAAGAUGAGUCCACCUGGAACGCCGAAGAGAACCCACAAGAAGAGGAGGAGCCCACAGAUGUCAAAGAUGAGAGCACAGCAUAUCUCGAGUUCUUGAACGAAGAGGCUCAAAAGUUUGGUCAUAUCAAUGAUCAGGAGUCUGACGAUGAGCUCGGCGAGCAUAGCGUGCUCUUGGAGUCUCCUUUGGAUAAGGUUGAGCCGUAUCAGACUUUCAGGGCGUCACUGAUGUCACUACAACGUGAUCAGCCUCAGUUCUACUCCUCGCUCGCCUCUCACCUUACCGCAGAGGAGCAGACCAUCAUUCAGUCGGUCAUCCAACAGGCGGAGGCGCAACAACUUGUUGCCCAGGCACAAGCACAGCAGGCUGCCGCUGGUGGUGCGCCGGCGGUCAAUGGAGGCGCCAGCUAG